AAGGCUACGGCCACACUCACCGUUUUUGUCGCUGCGUCAGAAUCGCAACGAUAGGAGAAUCUCUGUUUAGAAUGGAGUUAAAUGGGAGCCGGCCACACUGGCCGUCCUGCGACGACGGCAGCGAUUCGAACGCAACAUGUAGCGUUUUUCGGUCGCUGCGACGAAAACGCAGCUUAUGUUAUCAAAUGAAGGUGGCCACACUCGCCGUUCCUGUCGCAACUUGUCCCUCCCCACUCUUCUUACUUCCUAUACCAUUUCAGUCACCUCACUCUAUUUGUGACCUCUUUGACAAGUGUCUUCUUUGUUGUAAUAAUUCUAUUAGUUAAAAUGUUUGACACCGAACUAUUUAUUAACGAGGUGAGCAUCCGUCCUCCACUUUGGGAUCUUAAAUUAAAGGACUACAGUAACCGUGAUUUAAAAUCUAAGCUAUGGAUUGAGGUGGCCAGGAUAGUGCUUUCGAACUGGGAGCAGAUGACUAAUGAGGAAAAAAAUAAAGAAGUAAAGGAAUUGCAAAAAAAAUGGAGAUCACUACGAGAUUGUUUUGCGAGGGAGAUGAAAAACUUGAAAUUACCUAGUGGUAGUAGCCAAAAGAAGAAGAAAAAGUAUGUGUACUUCGAUCAACUGCUGUUCCUCACUGCGAACAACACUGACAGGAGGACAACCACCAAUGUUCCUGAUGAGCAACCCGACAUUGGAAACGAAAAUGCGGCUACUGAAGAAAACAACGAAGAUUUGACUGAGGUAGUUGCUUCAGAACCAGCAACACCUAACCAAGUAGCGCCCAACCAAGCAGCGCCUAACCGUAUCAACAAAAAAUAUCGACAGACUCCCUUUGAAAUGGCCGUACUUAAACAUUUGACAAAUGCAAGCAAGCCAACGGAUGAAGAAGAAGAAGCUGAUAAGCACUUUCUACUAUCCUUUUUGCCUAUGUUAAAAAACCUUCCUGUUGACAAAAAAUUGUGGGUUCGGAUGAAAUUUACGGAAGUUAUGCAGCAAGCCUUGGCAGUAGAACGCUAUAACCCUCCCCCUGCAUUUUUUGCCCACUCAAGUCACCAGUGGCAGCAGCUACCAAACGUCCCUAAUCAUCCCCAAUAUAACUACCCUAAUUGGACGGAUGCUUCUCCAAGAGAGCGCCAGGCUAACAUUCAGUCCCCUACACCCUCUGAAUCGCUUAGUAACAAUAAUUCGGAUGUGUUUAGUGUUUUUGAAGAAUUGUAAUUGGACUGGACACCUUCAUUGCAAAAGUGUUAAUUAUUUUUACUGCAUUAUUUAAAUGUAAGAUUACAUAACCUCUUGCAUUACAAAUAUUACUUGUUUGAUUU